AGGAUGGAGAAGUAAGGGGUGUAGACUGCCAUUGUGAAUCAAGUAUGGAUGCCAAAGUGCUCUCAUAUCACAACAAAGUCCAGGAUUGGACCCAAAUGUACAUGCUAGCAGCAGAUGGCCAAAUUUACAAAAAUUCCAAAGUUGUGACUUAUUUGCCCCCUCAGAAACUUCAUCAGAUUGAAAACUGGAGGCAAAACGUUCGGAAUAACUUCAGACCAAAGUCAUCACAGUUUCCACGACUAAACACGCCACGAGCAAACAAACGUGCUAGGUCGGCAAUAGCAGGAAGGACUCAUAAUCAGGUGAAUGACCGUAAGCGAAUUUGGAGUGCCAGUUCUGGCCGUCAACCUCACUUCCUGUACAGCGACACUAAUCUGGAUGAUGUGACCCAUCAUUUGGCUGAAACAUCACUUCACUACUGUGGUGAGCGAGCUCUAUACCAAAGAAACUUGUUAGGGAAACAAUUAUUGAAAAUCAAUACAAAACAGGUACAGCUAAUCAACGGUGAGAAUGUGGCUACUGAGGCUUUUGACAAAAUUGAUAAAACUCACAAACAAGCCAGCAAUGGUCUUAACAGUGAAGGAGAGGCAGAACACACCAGUGAUAAUAUUGAAGCAGUGUCUGACGAAGGUGAAUCGGAGACUCUGAGCAGCAUAUCUAGGAUGGAAGGUCGUGGAAGACUGAUCCAUGUCAAUGAUCAAGAUAUGAUUCAGGUGAGAUCUCAAUCCAAUCGACUUCUCAAUGUGAUAUCUAUUGACGACUGUAAGAUAUCCAGUCCAAAUAUUUAUCAUAAUGCCAAAUUAAAAGUGGAGAAGAAACGUGCUCAGUAUCAAGAUAUUCCAGAGGAAGAAUCUUUACCUGAAAGUGAUGUGCCAAAAUCUCAAUGUUCCAAAGACCAUGAAACAAAUUUCUAUUCAACUAAAUCUGUGUCAGAGAGUCGUACCCAAAUUCAGACACGUAAUGCUAAGAUUUCAAGAGCCAUAGAUGAAAUGGUUCAUGAGAGGAAGGUGAUGAAUAACUUGGAUAGAAAUUUUGAUGCUCGCAUUGAGGCUACUGGAGUAGGGGGCCGAAUAAUCCUCGAUCGAGCUGAGGGAGGAGCAACAUUCAAAAGACUUAAUAAUGCCCUCAAAAGACAUGUGAAUUCAGUAUCAGCUCACAGGGCUCAUAAACAACUCAGUAAUUGGUCUCGAGAUGGGCACAGUGAUCAAGACCUAAGCUCAUAUAGUGGUAGUGUACUCAACAUGGACAAAUUUGAAAAAUCUCACAAAUUUAGUUCGAAGUCUCAAAGCAUGGAGUCAGUUGAGAAUUCAUGAAUAUAGGCUUCCAUUUAAACAGUAUUAAAAUUGAUUUUGUUUUGUAUAUUUUUUUCUUUAAGUUUUAUUUACAUUAACCAUGUACCCAUUUUUGAGAUGUUUGGAAUUCAAUGUUUACCAAUAAGCAGAACAGUCGUGGUGCAUUACAUAAUGAUCACAACCAACCUAGUCUUUCAAUGUAGAGUUUGUGAGAACAUUUGAUUUUAAUAAAUGGAAAUGAAA